GAUGACAGGUGAGAGCUGCUCUGUUGAAAAAGAGCUUGAUGCAACAACUGCUACAAAUGCAGUAUACCAGGACAAGACAAACAUCCUCUUUUCUGGCACUACAGUGGUCGCUGGAAGGGCAAGAGCUGUUGUUAUUGGGGUUGGAUCUAAUACUGCAAUGGGCAGUAUACGUGAUUCUAUGUUGAUGACGGAAGAUGAGGCGACACCAUUGAAGAAAAAGUUGGAUGAAUUUGGUACUUUUUUGGCAAAGAUCAUUGCAGGUAUAUGUGUACUAGUUUGGGUGGUAAACAUUGGGCAUUUUAGUGAUGCUGCCCAUGGUGGCUUCUUGCGAGGUGCAAUACAUUACUUUAAGGACCGCAGUACGGGACAAACAAUUGGUACAUGACAUGAAUCAGAAGGCCUUUACUACCUCAACUCACUCAGUCCUUCUACAACAUGUCUAGUUACAGAUCCUCCAGACCU